GCUGCUCGUUCAUAAAGGUUCCGCGGAUUCAGUGGGAGCACCUCACACAUUUGGACGACUUUCACCCUCUCUUCAGUAACUUUGAUGGGGACUUCGACAUUAAGCAGGGAAAAUGCCUGUGAUGAAGGGAUUAUUAGCGCCACAGAACACGUUUCUGGACACUAUAGCCACACGCUUUGAUGGCACUCACAGCAACUUCAUCCUGGCCAAUGCUCAGGUGUCGAAGGGCUUUCCCAUAGUCUACUGUUCCGAUGGCUUCUGUGAGCUCACUGGAUUUUCUCGAGCUGAAGUCAUGCAGAAGAGCUGCGCUUGCAAAUUCCUUUAUGGGCCCGAGACAAGUGAAAGCAUCAUCCUUAGCAUCGACGAGGCCUUGGAGGAGCGCAAGGAAUUUAAGGACGAGAUCAUGUUCUACAAAAAGACAGCUGUGCUGUUCUGGUGUCUGCUGGACAUCGUGCCAAUUAAGAACGAGAAAGGAGACGUGGUGCUCUUUCUGGCUUCAUUUAAAGACAUCACAGACACUAAAGCUAAGGCUAUCCAAGAGGACAAGAAGGAAGAGAGACGGCGCGGCAGGGGGAAAACAGGCUCUCACUUCAGCUCGUCUCGUCUCCGGAGCAGCACGGUGCUCUACCACAUCUCUGGUCACCUCCACAGCAGAGAGAAGAGCAAGAUUAAACUCAACAAGAAUGUGUUCGGGGAUCCACCUGCUCUGCCCGAGUACAAGGUAGCAGACGCCAAGAAGUCCAAAUUCAUCUUACUGCACUACAGCACGUUCAAGGCCGGCUGGGAUUGGCUGAUUCUGCUGGCCACGUUCUACGUCGCUGUGACGGUGCCGUACAACGUGUGCUUCAUCGGCGACGACGACGACCUCACCCGCAGCACGACUGUCAGCGACAUCGCUGUGGAGAUUCUAUUCAUCAUAGACAUUGUUUUCAAUUUCCGCACCUCUUACGUCAGCAAGUCGGGCCAAGUGAUCUUUGAUGCCCGGCAGAUCUGCAUCCACUACCUGACCACGUGGUUCAUCAUUGACCUGGUGGCCGCCUUGCCCUUUGACCUGCUCUAUGGCUUCAAAGUCAGCGUCGUGUCUGUGGUCCACUUGCUAAAAACGGUGCGUCUGCUCCGUUUGCUGCGGCUUCUCCAGAAGAUGGAUCGUUACUCUCAGCACGGCACGGUGGUCCUCACCCUGCUGAUGUCCAUGUUUGCCCUGCUGGCUCACUGGAUGGCCUGCAUCUGGUACAUCAUUGGCAAGAUGGAGAUGGAGGCCAAUACCUACAACUGGGAUAUCGGGUGGCUCCACGAGCUGGGGAAGCGUCUGGACGCUCCGUACUUUACCAUAGGAGCCAACAACGGGAGCAGCAGUGGACCCUCUGUCCGGAGUGUUUACGUCGCUUCACUUUACUUCACCCUCAGCAGUCUGACCAGCGUGGGGUUCGGCAACGUGUCGGCCAACACCGAUGCUGAAAAGAUCUUCUCUAUUUGUGUGAUGCUCAUAGGAGCACUGAUGCAUGCCUUGGUCUUUGGUAACGUGACCGCCAUUAUCCAGAGGAUGUACUCACGCUGGUCCCAGUACCACACCAGAACCAAAGACCUCAAGGACUUCAUACGUGUCCAUCAUCUGCCGCAGAGCCUCAAGCAGCGGAUGUUGGAGUACUUCCAGACGACUUGGUCAGUCAACAACGGCAUCGACAGUAAUGAGCUGCUGAAGGACUUCCCAGACGAGCUGCGAUCUGACAUCACCAUGCACCUUAACAAGGAGAUCCUGGAGCUGUCCAUGUUUGCCUCCGCCAGUCGUGGCUGCCUGCGCUCCCUGUCUCUGCACACAAAAACCUCCUUCUGCACUCCGGGAGAAUACCUCCUCCGACAGGGCGACGCACUCCAGGCCAUCUUCUUUGUCUGCUCGGGUUCCAUGGAGGUGCUGAAAGGUGGCAUGGUGCUGGCCAUCCUGGGUAAAGGAGACCUGAUUGGGGCCAAUGUGUCCUUAGAUGACCGGGUGAUCAAAACCAAUGCGGACGUGAAAGCUCUGACCUACUGUGACCUGCAGUGCAUCAGUCUGAAGGGCUUGUACGAGGUGCUGGACCUUUACCCCGAAUACUCCCACCAGUUUGUCCAGGACAUCCAGCAGGACCUCACGUACAACCUGAGGGAGGGACAAGAGACACACGUGAAAGCCAGACUGUCCACAACUGCACUGGAUACACAGUCAGGAUUGAGGAGGAAUGGGCAAGUGUUGCAGGGUUAUCCAUCCAUCAUCGAGGCUCGGGAGGAAUAUGAAGAGGACGAGGAAGAGGAGGAAGACAAAGCCACGUUUAUGUCUCUGUCGUCGGAGCAGAACCGAGCUGCGAACCUCAGGGACGCCGGUGGGAAGUCUCUGCUGAGCUGCCAGAGGACCACGGGACCGGACUGCAGGACUUCACGGAGGAACAUCCAGGAAAUGACUCCCGUCAAAUUAGACCCUUCCAACCUCAGCCCCAGGAUCGUGGAUGGCAAUGAAGACAGUGAGCGCACAGAGAGUUCACUAGCCUUCUCCUUCCCCACCACCCGCGGCUGUCCUGUCAGUGAACCGACCAGUGCCUCAGCAUCUGCCACAGAUAUGCUGCAGAUCAGCACGGCUGAGUUGGCAGCGAAAGCAGAAGAGACCAGGGGACAACUGCGGCAUCUUGACCAGCAGGUCAGCACUCUGGGGAGGGAAGUGGCUGACCUUGGACGAGUAAUGAAGAGAAUGGCUGAACUCAUGGAGACCCUCAUGUCAUCAGUGCCACCGUCCUCCACAGGCUGCCCCGCGCACUUCUUGCAGGCCCACGGCGGCGCCUGCCUGCCCCACCUGAACCCUCCUCAGACUUACCCUCCUCCUCAGACUGCCUCCACCUGGACAGACACGCCCGUGUCGUUACCCACUUCCCCGCUCACAGUCCCACACCAACAUGGUGCGAUAUGCAACAUGGACUCCCUCACGCACAGACCGCAGGAACUCCAGCUGAGGUACACCACUAACCGCAGCUCAACUCCACCCCCAACGCCCAACUCAUCAACUGUGCACCUGCAGCCCUACAUGCCUUCCUCUUCUCCCAGCUCACUGGAGACUUCCCAGCACAAAGGCAGGGCUUGUGGCUCAAUCAGGUCAAGGGUACAAAGUCCACCUCCGCAGGACGGGGGAGAUGAGGGACCUCAUCCGAGCUCUGGCUGUUCUCCUCAAACUGAACUAGGGGGAAGCUGUCACGCGCCGGCUAAGGGUUUGUAGCAGCCCUCCAUUUGAACUCUGCAGAGCUUUUACAAGGACAGUUUUUGGAAUAGGUUCCUGAACUGAUCAUCUGAUCAACCCCUUCAUAUCACUGCAGGACAUUUGCAGGGAUGCAACUCAGAUUCCUUUUUAUUUUAAAGGCACGCAAUUAAAAAUCCAGUUGCAUGACAAAGACGUAUAGAAGGUUUAGGUGUGAUAGCUUUACCUUUAUAUAGAAACAUAGUGUUUUUAGACGACAUACAGAGGUUUGGGUCAAACGCGGAGCUGCAUGAUAGCAGUUCAGCUCACCUCCAACCUACAACCCACCCACCUCGAGGCUCAUUCAGAGAGCAACGUGCCAUAAUGGAGGACAAGAGGGAUACAGUGGAGAGAGUCCUUUUUCUGUCCUCUCUUUUCUUGCCUCUGGCUGUAGAUGGUUCAAGGAGGGCUGCGAUGGUGGAGAGGAAGAGGCAGCAUCGAAAAACAUAGAGGGGAGGGUUUGGGGUCGUUAACAACUGCCCCAUCUGUGCCAUUUCGUCUCCUUUUUACCACUCGCCCCUUGCUCAGUCAACCCAUGCCUGAUGCACUGGAUUGCUUGUGACCAGUGCGUGGCUGGUCAGGGCAGCACAGCAUGGUGUGAGGAGAGAGAUGGGCCGGCGUAUUGUAUGCUCUUCACCACUGGCCCGCAGGAAAGAGGCGUGGGGGAGGAAGAAGUUGGAUAUGGAAGUGGCGGUGGUGGUGACAGGUGGGGUGUAUGUUACGCCUGGGGCAGCACAGCCUCUGCUCUUGUCUGUCACACUGAGCCCAGGGAGAGUUUCUCCCCUCUGUGUUUCUCCGUUCCACUCUUUCUCUCCAUAGACCUGCCACUCCUCUCUUCCUCCCUCUCUCUGCAUGCCUUUCCAAGCCUUUUGAGUAGUGCCUGUAGACUCACAUUAACAUGCUGCAUGUCACCCUGUGGAAAUCCAGCUUGCCAUUUAUGUUAUCUAUUUAGUGGAAACACACUUCAGCCUUUUAAUAGCUGAUGCUCACAUUUACUGAUGCAUAUUUAUUGGACACGGGCUUAGUAUAAACUAGGAACAAGUUAAUUUUAGGAACAAGGUAGUCGCCCCUGUUGUGAAGUGGCCUGGAGCAAACCACCUAUAAUAUUCAUAAUCCAUGAUGCAGGCCACCCAGGGUAACUAGCUCUUGAGAUGUGUUUUCUCAGCAGAGCAAAAGGCAAUAUUCCCACAUAAAAGCACAAUAAGGAAAUGGAGAUGCUUUUAUAUUUCUAUGAAUGUAUCAAUACUAAAGAUGUAUUUUUUUACCUCAAAGAAUGCAAGGGUAUGGGGCGGCGAUAAAUGAGGCUGCCGUAUCUGAGGUUAUGGCAGCAGUGUUUGCUGGUACUAGCCAAUGCAAUCCUCAACCAGGACAAAGGUCAGAACUCUUGGCCCAAACAGAUCUACUGUUCUCUUUUGAAUUCACGUAGGUUUGACUCCUCCUUCUCUGCAAAUGGAAUGUACUGUAAUCAAACUUCUUUUUUUUUUCCCUUAACGUUUUGAUAUUUAUUAGAUAUGAAAGCGACAUGUUAUGCUAAUAAACAACAACUAUGACUGUUA